AUGGACGCUGCCGGCUCUCGUCCCGCUGUAGUAAUCGAUAAUGGCACUGGGUAUACGAAAACGGGUUUCGCAGGAAAUGUUGAACCGUCUUUCAUACUUCCCACUGUAGUUGCUGUAAAUGAGUCAUUUGUCAACCAAUCGCGAGCCAGUUCUAAAAAGGGCAGCAAUUGGUUAGCGCAGCAUAGCGCGGGUGUGAUGGCGGAUCUGGAUUUUUAUAUAGGGGAAGAAGCUUUGACUAGAUCUAAAUCUAGUAGCACUUAUAAUUUGAGCUAUCCCAUUAAGCACGGUCAAGUGGAUAAUUGGGAUGCAAUGGAAAGGUUCUGGCAGCAGUGUAUAUAUAAUUAUUUGCGAUGUGAUCCAGAGGAUCAUUACUUUUUGUUGACUGAAAGCCCAUUGACUGCGCCGGAAAGUCGGGAAUAUACAGGAGAGAUUAUGUUUGAAACUUUUAAUGUACCAGGGCUUUAUAUUGCAGUGCAGCCUGUGCUGGCAUUGGCUGCAGGGUACACAACAUCCAAGUGUGAGAUGACAGGAGUAGUAGUGGAUGUUGGAGAUGGGGCUACUCAUGUUGUACCUGUUGCAGAUGGUUACGUUAUUGGGAGCAGCAUUAAGUCGAUUCCAGUUGCUGGGAAAGAUGUUACUCGCUUCAUUCAGCAGCUCAUGCGAGAAAGAGGAGAACAUAUUCCACCUGAGGAGUCCUUGGAAGUAGCCAGGAAAGUGAAGGAAAUGUAUUGCUAUACUUGCUCUGAUAUUGUAAAGGAGUUCAAUAAACAUGACAAAGAGCCAGCAAAAUUUGUUAAGCAAUGGAGAGGUACUAAGCCAAAGACAGGGGCUCCAUAUUCUUGUGAUAUUGGCUAUGAACGAUUUCUUGGCCCUGAGGUCUUCUUUAACCCUGAGAUUUAUAGCAAUGAUUUUAUAACCCCUUUACCGGAGGUGAUAGACAAAUGUAUUCAGUCUGCUCCUAUAGAUACAAGAAGGGCCCUGUAUAAGAAUAUUGUAUUAUCUGGAGGAUCAACCAUGUUCAAGGACUUCAACCGAAGACUGCAACGGGAUCUAAAAAAGAUUGUUGAUGCUCGGUUUGAAUUAUCAGAUGCUCGGAUUCGUGGAGAAGUGAAAGCACGACCAGUGGAAGUGAAUGUUGUCAGUCAUCCCAUCCAGAGAAAUGCAGUUUGGUUUGGAGGCUCAGUACUUGCAUCUACUCCUGAGUUUUUCAAGGCUUGCCAUACCAAGGCAGAGUACGAGGAAUAUGGAGCAAGCAUAUGCCGUACAAACCCUGUUUUCAAGGGAAUGUAUUGA